GAAUGAUAAGAUUAUCUUAAUCUAAUCAUUAUAUAAUUGUGUUUGCAUUAUUUGCUAUUAUAAUAUCCUCCUGUGAUGCAAGUAAUCAUUUAAGAGGACAUCUUGAAGGUAUAUAAAAUAUAUUAAAAUUAGAUCAUCAAAAUAAGCAUUUAUAUUCUAGCCAUAAAAGUGGAAACCCUAUAACAGCCGUUAUAUUUGGAUUCCUAUGUGUUACUGGAGCAUUUGCUAUGUUAUGGUAUAAUGAAAGAAGGUUUUUAAUUAUUACAUAACAACUUUAGAUAGGCUAUAACAGAAUACAGACUAGAAGAAGCAAAGAAAUAAUGUACAUCAGUUAACUCAGCUGAAGUAAAUCCUAAUACCAAUCAUUAAUUGAUUCACACAAAUGGUAUUCUCUAAUUCUAAAUAAAUUUAUAGGUGAAAGCAGAACCAAUGAUCUUGUUGUUGAUGCUGCAUUUGGUUUAUCUUUAAAAGAUUGCAUCAAAUUAGUCAGAACUGUAGAAAUGUAUUAAUGGGUUCGCAAAUCUAGAGAAGAAAAUAAAAGAACUGUUUAUUAUUAUGUUUAGGAAUGGAGCACAAUUUUUCAUGAAGAUUGUGGAGAAGGACAUUUUAAUGAUAAAACAAAAUGGAUUGUUGAAUAAGAAACACAAGUUAACUUAAAUGUUCGUAUUGGUGCUUAUUUAAUGAGCAAAUCUUUGGCUGAAUAAACAAAUGCUAAGGAAAGUAUUCCUAUGGCUAGCAAUAAUGCAUAAUCAGUUUCUAAUUUCUAUGGGUUAGUUAGAGGUUUUUAGAAUUAGUAUAUUAAUAUAAUAUUGUAGUGAAGCUAAUGGAUAAUAUAUAUAUUUCUAAUAAAAUAAAGGAACUGUUACCAUGAAUGAUUUGAGAGUCUCAUUUAAUGCAUCCAAAACUGGUCCUACUACUGUUGUUUCUCAAUAAUAAAAUGAUACAUUCACACCAUUUGUCAUUCAUGAUAAAUUUGAAUAAACAUUAGCUAGAGAUGAAAAUUUAGAAGACAUGUAAUGCUCUUGUGCUACUUGCUGUUGUUUUUGCUGUAAAGUAUGUAGAGCACUUGAAAAACCUCUUACUGAAAUUGAUUGGAUCUAUGAAACUAUCUUAACAUAAAAUUAAGUGUUUAAAAAAAAAGCAGAAGAAAAUGCAUGUUUCACUUUGGCAUAAAGAAUUGGUGGAUAUGUGUUAAUGGUAUAUAAUUUAUUCAUGUUUUAUAGGGAAUUGGAUUUUGCUUAAUAUUCUCUCCUAUCUCAUGGUUAAUAUCAUUGUUCCCUUUAGUUGGAAACUUUUUAGCUUCUAUCACAGGAUUUGUUUUCUUUUUAGUCAGCUUUAUUAUUUCUAUUCCAUUUUCACUUUUGACUAUAGCCUUUGCAUGGCUAUUUUAUCAUCCUAAAUAUGGAAUUGCAUUAAUUGCACUUUCUGGAUUAAUUGGAGCAGGAAUCUAUUUUUAUAUUAAAAGUUAGAGUUGA